AUGGCGAGCAUGUCGUCGGACGACGAGCAGCAGAGCGAGGAGAGGUGCGGCAGCUACAGCUUGAGCGCCGACGUCAGCGAGUCAGAGAGCAGUAGCAGCUUCUCCUGCCGCCGGUUCGACGGCGUCGAGGGUGCUUCCAGCUCCAUGACCCCGUCUCCUCGAGGUGAGAGUUUCUGCUUCCCGCCGGCGGGGUUGGUGCUGCCUGUCGUCGGCGGCGGUGGGAAGGAUCUGGUUUGGGACGAGAAAGUUCAGAAGCGUGGGGAUGGCGAUUUGUCUGAGGUUGAGAUGAUGAUGGAGAGAUUUGCAAAGCUGCUAUUGGGGGAGGACAUGUCUGGAAGUGGGAAAGGAGUCUGCACCGCGCUCGCCAUUUCAAACGCCAUUACCAAUCUCUCUGCUACUGUGUUCGGCGAGCUAUGGAGGCUGGAGCCUCUGGCGGCGCAGAAGAAAUCAAUGUGGCGGAGAGAAAUGGAGUGGCUUCUCUGCGUGAGCGAUUCGAUAGUGGAGCUCGUGCCUUCCAUUCAGAAGUUCCCCGGCGGAGGCACUUACGAGAUCAUGGCAAGUAGACCGAGGUCGGAUCUCUACAUGAACCUUCCGGCAUUGAAGAAGCUCGAUGCGAUGCUGAUAGGGAUGCUUGAUGAGUUCAGAGAGACGGAGUUCUGGUACGUGGAUCGAGGUAUCGUUGUGGCAGAGGAGCGGGAUGAAGAGGGUUUGUAUCCGCCUGGUUUCUCCGGUGGGCGGCCUUCAAUUCGGCAGGAAGAGAAGUGGUGGCUGCCUUGUCCCAAAGUGCCUCCCAAAGGGCUUUCUGAAGAUGCGAGGAAGAAGCUGCAGCAGUAUAGGGAUUGCACUAAUCAGAUAUUGAAGGCUGCCAUGGCGAUCAAUAGCAGUGUGCUUGCUGAGAUGGAAAUUCCUUCUGCAUACUUGGAAACCUUGCCAAAGAGUGGCAGAGCUUGCUUGGGUGAUCUCAUUUAUCGAUAUGUGACGGCUGAGCACUUCUCGCCGGAAGCUCUUCUCGACCACCUGGAUAUUAAUACGGAGCAUCAUGCCACAGAAAUCGCUAACAAGAUCGAAGCAGCAUUGCAUGUUUGGAAGCGUAAGGACCAGAAGAAGCACCAUAAAGGUCUUCCGAAAGGUCAGAAGCAUCAUCCAUCUGUUUUGAUGAAUGGUUCCAAGGUUCGAAUCCACGAUUAUAGGCGUUCGACAUUAGGAAGCAAGGUGAAGGGUCUUGUUGUUGCUAAUGGUGAGAAGAAGCACUGUUUGGCUCAACGAGCAGAGACCUUAUUACACUGCUUGCACCUACGUUUUCCGGGCCUCCCACAGACUGCUCUAGACAUGAACAAAAUUCAGUAUAACAAGGAUGUAGGGCAGUCAAUUCUGGAAAGUUACUCGAGAGUGAUGGAGAGCUUGGCAUUCAACAUCAUGGCGAGGAUCGACGAUGUUGUUUUUGUGGACGAUGCCACAAAGCAAUGUGUGGCAGAAGAAGCUGCAGCUGCUUCCGUCUUCAACAGAGGCGGUCUAGGCGGACUCCCUAUUCAGAAGCGAAUGUCACCUAGCCCCUUCUCCAUCCAACACAGCCCCUUUGCAUCUCCAUUUGCCACUCCGACUUUCUGCUCGUCGACCCCAUUGGCUGGGAGCCCAGAAAGGCAACAUCAGGUGUUGAACAGAAUCAUUAACGAGGAUCGGAAGCUAGGGAAGCCAUUCCUGUUGGAGUAUGACAAGAUAUGGUCUUACACCGGCAACCUGAGUGCACGGAGGGUAUCUUCUGGAGAUGCCCCGGAGAGAGAUUGA